AUGCGCCAAGAAGCUGGGAUAGAUGCUUCCUCUUCCAGUCUUCCAGCCCGCCGGCCUACGCUACUGCAUCCCCGGCCAAUCACCGCCGCCACACUCGCUGGUGGGCGAUGCGCUGCGAGGGCCGCCUGCGUGCAGCGACUCGCCCUGGCCGGCUGGCGGGCAAUGAGCAAUGGGGCUGCAGCGGUCAACCGUCGCAUCCAGUCAACGGGCGGCCAGCCAGGGCAUGCUGGGGGGAGGGGGAAGGGGGAGGGGAAGGGGCUCGCUGGCUGUCGCGCACUAUGCUGUUUAGUCGAUGGACAGGAGCAUAUGUGCGUGUGCGUGUGCGUGUGUGAGAGAGUGUGUGUGGUGUGCAUCGACAAGACCCAGGCGCCGCUCGUUCUCUUUGUGGAGCCAGCGAACCACUGCGUCGGUAGCCAAUCACGCCGCCCCAGUAACCGGCCCGUAUCGAAUUGGCUGGGGCGGGCCGAUGAGACGAGACACGCACUCACACUCGACCUGGGCGGCUGGCCCGGCCAUGACGAGCUUGCCGACGGCGGCAGCACAGUACACAGUAGGUAUCCAACUAUCGGCGUGGGCAUAUUCAGAUACACUAGACUACACACACUUUUGCACCCUCUGUCGAGUACAAAGACCACUGGACACGCACUUACUGCGUGCACUACUACCUCUCCCCCUUCUGCUUCUGCCUCCCCGCUCCUCCCCGCUCCUCCCCCGCUCAGCCUCGUCCCUCCAGACCCUCAGCUUCAUUCCUCGCCGCCCACCUUGGCCACGCGCAACCUCACACAAAAGGCAUCCCAAUGUCUCGGGAUCCGGCUGUACGUCGGCAGCUCAUAUGUACCUGCCUCAGCAACGUCAUCCGCCUGCCCUACAUGCGCUUCCCUGCCCUCGCCCAUCCGCACCCCGUCGCCUCGCGUGUGCGUGUGCGUGUGUGCGUGUGUGCGUGCAAUCUUCAGCCUGUUUCUAUUCUUCGCCUCAGCUUACAUGUCAAGACAUGGUUACGUCACUGCUGACCCCUCGUCCAGCUGCUGCCUCGCCUUCAGCCUUCCAUGCAUCCACGACUUGGCCCUUGACCCCACGUCUGACGAAUCAUCCGACAUCACGACUGAUCUCGCAUCCCGAAUCCCCCAUGUUGAUGUCGUCCUGUCCUUGAUCCCAAUCCUCACAGCCCGCCCAAAUCAGCACUACCUACCCACCUACCUGUUUACUUACUUACAUACUGUACUUGCUUACAUACCCACCUACCCACCUGCCUACUACAUGCAACCGAGGCACCUUCCCCCCCCACGUCAUCCUGCUCUUCCCCACACUUGCACACAAACUAAACACACGGACACACAAACCAACAAACACACUCACUCCCACUCUGACCUCCUCCAAUGCCGGCACUGCUUCUUUGGCGCCAUCACCAUGCCUGCCCUCUGCCAGCUAAACACGUGA